AUGGUCCGGGGAGGCAAGAGGGUAACAAGGGUUUUCGUCAAAGCCCAGAAAAAAUUUGUGCCCAGAAAUUCGAAUACAAGCCCUAGCGGGUCAAAACCAACUCUCUCAACCUCCCUCAGACAGUCAAAUUCAUCGAAACAAUCGGAUGGCCGUGUUGAGAGCAGCAGUUCCGUUUCAGCAUCGAUGGGCAGGGUUCAAAUGGGAGACAAUGGACAGUGGGUGUCAAAUAGAGCCCAGGUUGUGGCUACUGAUACCUCCUUGCAUGAAUUUCUGGACAGCUUUCUAAAAUUUAGAAGCAGAUGGUAUGAUUUCCCAUAUCGUGGGGCCAAAGGGAUAGUUGCUGGGAUUAUUGUUGGAGAGCUUGAUUUAAGCCGGCGUGUUUUUAUGGUAUUGUAUCGCAUUUCUUCUAAUAAAGAUCCAGGUGAUCAGGUUGCUCAUAGCCUCAAUGUGAGAGACCAUGGAGAAGUGACUGGCACGUGCAUUGAAUCAGAAAUGUCAGUCACACCCACUGGUGUUCUUUUGCAGGAGAAAAAGUUGCUUGACUUGCCAAAGCUGUUAGAUAUAUGUGCCAUUUAUAGUCAUGAAAAUGAAGAGUUGACAAGAUUGCUCGUCAGAAAUGCUCUGAAUGCUCAACCUUGGAUCUGUGAUAAUCUGACAGCUGUAAUUACACAUUUUCUUGGAAUUGCGCACACGAUGCAUGAGAGAUGCAGUUCAUCAUUGGAGUAUGGCCAUGCCCCCGUGCUCUUUCUUUUCACCAUCUAUGAGUUUGACCUAUUCAAAUUACUUCAAGUCUUAUUUUCUUCUGGAAAACUGGAUGAUCGCAGUGCUGCUCAGCUUCAAGCUGAUCUGCUGGAGGUGGUCGACUUUAUAAAUGAUGCGGUUGUAUCAAUGGAUGCUUUUGUUAGUGCUUACAAGCUGGCGGCUGUAUUUUUUUCAUGCCCAGUUGAAAUAAGUUCUGGCAAUGAGGAGCUGCUAAGCUUUCUUGCUAGAUUGCAUGAUUCCUUACUUCCAUCGUUGCUAAGGGGCUUCCAUACUGUUAUUGCUGACGAACAAGAUGGAAGAAUGUCAAACAUUGUUUUAAGUUUGAAGAUGUUACGGAUGAGAUUGGUGAACUUUGGUUGGCAAUUAUUGCGCUUUUGCUAUCUUAGUGAUGAGGUGUUCAGAGAUAGUUGCCCUCUUCCAGCUUCUACAAAAAUGUUUCCUGCCACUGUGGAGGACCCGGUUAUUAGAGCAGAUAUUCUGGUUCAAACAUUUAGAGAGAUCAAUGCAGUUUCACUGCAAUUACAGGAAAACCAGCAGAAGGAGACAUUUAUUCAACAUAUUCAAAAGAGUUACAAUAUUUUGAAAAUGGUUGAAAGCUUGCGGGAUAAUGGUUGGAUAUUUGUUGAUGAUGAACAGUUUCAGUAUAUAUCUGGGAUUAUGAAUUCAAAAGAGAUUUAUAAGGAUCCACAGUCUGCAAGAGGCCCUGUGGAGAGCAAACCAUUACAGGCUGAUGAAGAUGCUGCUAUAAUUGAGUCCAAAAUCAGUCAAAUAAGGGACCUAUUUCCUGAUUAUGGUAAAGGGUUUUUAGGCGCAUGUCUUGAAGUCUAUGAUCGUAAUCCGGAAGAGGUCAUUCAGAGGAUUUUGGAGGGAACCCUUCAUGAAGAUCUGCAAUGCUUGGACAGAUCGCUUGAUGUGGUACAACCAGCUCAGACUGCUACUGUGAACAGAAAUGACAAAGGAAAAGGUAAACUAAUAGACUCUAUGUCAAUGCCCUCCAAUACUGCAGCAGCUUUUUGUGGGAAGCAAGAGACAGACGGACCAUUGUUUUCAUCCUCCGAAUCACUUGGAAAAUAUGUGAAGAAAUCCGAAGAUGACUUGUCCGAUGCCAACAUUCUGGAUACUAGCGAUGAAAACCACAAAUUAAGAACCGCUGCCCUGGUCUCACAAUAUGAAUAUGAAGACGAAUAUGAUGACUCUUUUGAUGAUUUGGGUUUUAGUGUAGCAGACACUAGCGUAGAAGAAAAUGAG